AUGGAAAGUGAGGCAGAGGAGAUUACAUCCGGGCACUUCAUUAUCUCCCUCGAUCUCCGACCUUCCCUCUCAGCCGCCACGACACCUCCGCCCGCCAUGACACCUCCGCCCGCCAUGACACCUCCGCCCGCCACGACACCUCCGCCCACCAUGACACCUCCAUCCGCCACGACACCUCCACCCGCCACGACACCUCCACCCGCCAUGACACCUCCGCCCGCCAUGACACCUCCACCCGCCACGACAACUCCACCCGCCACGACACCUCCGCCCGCCACGACACCUCCGCCCGCCACGACACCUCCGCCCGCCACGACACCUCCGCCCGCCGUGACACCUCCGCCCGCCACGACACCUCCGCCCGCCAUGACACCUCCACCCGCCACGACACCUCCGCCCGCCAUGACACCUCCACCAGCCACGACACCUCCACCCGCCACGACACUCUUUAUGAAACCAAAGAGGCGAUUACAUUCAGAUCAACAUAAUGACAAAGGAUUAGAACCCAAUGACAAAGGAAUCCCGUGCCAAAACCCAGAAUCCGAUACCGAAUGUCUGCGUGUUCGUGUAAGCGAUCGAUAG